CCUAAUAAUAAUAUCACAGUAGUCGCUCAUUCACCAUCGCGAAAACCUCCAAACAAACAGAACUUGUGCUCUUUCCGAUCUUGUUCUUCUCAUAAAAAAAAUCCGAAAUAUCAAUCAAUCGCCUGAGCAAAGAUGAACGACAGAGAUGUAUCGAAGCAGAUCCAACAGAUGGUCAGAUUUAUCCGGCAAGAAGCCGAAGAGAAAGCCAACGAGAUCUCCGUUGCUGCUGAAGAAGAAUUCAAUAUUGAGAAAUUGCAGCUUGUAGAAGCAGAGAAAAAGAAGAUCAGACAAGAGUAUGAGCGUAAGGAGAAACAAGUCGACGUUCGCAAGAAGAUUGAGUACUCCAUGCAACUUAAUGCUUCUAGGAUUAAGGUUCUUCAAGCUCAAGAUGAUGUGGUUAAUGCCAUGAAAGAAGCAGCUACAAAGGAUCUUCUCAAUGUGAGCCGUGAUCAUCAUGGCUACAAAAAACUUCUGAAAGAACUCAUUGUUCAGAGUUUGCUGAGAUUAAAAGAGCCUGCUGUCUUGCUGCGCUGCCGGAAAGAGGACCUGCACUUGGUGGAUUCUGUCCUGGAUGCAGCAAAAGAAGAGUAUGCAGAGAAAGCAAAUGUUCAUGCACCAGAAGUCUUAGUUGACAAUGAUGUUUAUCUUCCACCUGCUCCUACUCACCAUAAUGCCCAUGGUCCUCACUGUUUUGGUGGUGUGGUGCUUGCUUCCCGGGAUGGAAAAAUUGUGUUUGAGAACAGCCUCGAUGCUCGGUUGGAUGUUGUGUUCCGUAAAAAGCUUCCUGAGAUCCGCAAGAAGCUCUUUGCUCAGGUUGCUGUGUAAGGAAUUUGGUUUUAUUUGGUAUUUCACCGGUGAUAUUUAUAUGAGUAUUUGAAGAUUUUCAAUCUAUUAAUAUCAAUUGCUUGGUUGUAUAAUUAUUCUUUCAUUAUCUUCUUGGCGGAAUACUUUUAUUUCUGCAAUUUGAGGUAUGUGUCAACUGCUGGUAUCUCCUAUCAUUUGGAACAUGGUAAUGCUAUGCAAUCAUAUUCAAUAAUAAACUGAACGCUAGCGUUUUAAUCCA